AUGGAUAAUGGUGAUAAAAGUUGGAUGAAUCUCUUGAGAUGGACAGAUGAGUAUAUCCGUGGAAUGAAUGAUUUUCUUGAUAAGGCAUUAGAACGAGCCGCCCAAAGAAAUGAAAUAUUAUGCCCUUGCAAAAAGUGCAUGAAUCGCUAUUGGUGUUAUAGAAAUGUGGUGGAGGAUCAUUUGGUUGUUCAUGGAUUUGUUGAUGGUUAUACCAAAUGGGUUUUCCACGGGGAAGGAUUUUCCUCGAGAAAUACACCUCAUCCAAGCAAUGAUGAUGAAGGUUCUACCAUGCGUGACGAUAUUGAUGGACUACUUCAUGAUACAUUUAGAAAUAUAGAGGGGCAGGCAGGGGAUGAAGAAGGAGUUGGGGAAAGACUAUCUGAAGAUGCAAAGAAGUUUUUCAAAUUGCUGGAGGAAGGAAAACAAGAGUUAUAUCCCGGGUGUGAAAAUUUCAGUAAACUGAGUUUCACUAUUCGAUUGUACUUGCUUAAAUCCUUGCAUGGGUUGAGCAAUGUGGCUUUCUCUGAUUUGUUAGAGUUGAUAAAAGAGGCAUUUCCCUUUGCUCAGAGUGCUGGUCCUUUGACUAAAGCAAACUCUAAAAUCCCUGCAAAGGUUUUAAGGUACUUUCCUUUAAAGCCUAGGCUUCAGAGGAUAUUCAUGUGUCCUGAAACGGCUGCUGCAAUGAGAUGGCAUGCUAAUGAACGACCCAAUGAUGGUAAUAUAAGACAUCCUGCUGAUGGGGAAGCUUGGAAGCCUUUUGAUUCUUUGCACCCAGACUUCUCUAGAGAUGCUCGAAAUCCAGAGUAUAUAAUGUUGUCUAUGAUCAUUCAAGGUCCAUCAUCUCCAGGAAAUGAUAUAGAUGUGUACCUACGACCAUUAAUUGAAGAAUUGAAGGAACUAUGGGAAACUGGGAUAGACACAUUUGAUGCUGAAACCAACCAAACUUUCCGAAUGCGUGCUGCCUUAAUGUGGACAGUUAGUGACUUUCCAACAUUAGCAAUGCUUUCGGGAUGGAGCACUAAGGGGAGAUUGGCAUGCCCCACUUGCAAUUAUGACACAUGUUCUCGAUAUCUCAAACAUAGUCAUAAGAUGUGUUACUUGGGCCAUCGAAGAUUUUUGCCUCGUGAUCAUCCAUUCCGACGAGAUAAGAAGUCUUUUGAUGGUAAGGAGGAGCAUAGACCUGCCCCUGCUCCAUUGUCGGGUGAAGAAGUGUUUGAAGAGCUGCUUGAAUUCAACAAUAUCUUUGGAAAGAGAGCUAAAAAAAGGCCUCGGAGUGAUAAGGGUCCGUGGAAAAAGAGAUCCAUUUUUUUCGAAUUGCCAUAUUGGGUGCAUAACAAAUUGAGGCACAAUCUUGAUGUGAUGCACAUCGAGAAAAACGUAUGUGAUAGUUUGCUUGGGACUUUAUUAGAAAUAGAUGAAAAAAGAAAGGAUCAUGAAAAAUCUCGCUAUGACUUACAAUAA